CUCCCCCUAAUAACCUCAGGAAAAAAUGUAUGUUUGGAGGUGAAUCUGCUCAACUGUCAUUCUUCUCACUGACACAAGUGACUGGACUUAAAACGAAGGAGUGAGUUCACUGUACUCUCACUGUGGUCACAUCAUGGGAACUUAUGCAAACAUUCUGGUGGCAAGUGUAUGUAUUGUUUUCCUUGCUAUUAAGUGGACCGCACCUACUUUUGAUGCAGAAUCUCUCAAAGGUGCCAGGGUAUUGGUGACUGGAGCCAGCACAGGCAUUGGUGAGCAAAUGGCAUAUCAUUAUGCUCGCUUUGGAGCCCAGAUAGUUAUUACAGCAAGGCGGGAAAAGGUGUUACAGCAGGUGGCAGAGAAGUGCAAGAGUUUGGGAGCCCAGCAAGUGUUUUACAUAGCAGCAGACAUGGGCAACGACUCAGACCCUGAUAAAGUGGUGGAGUUUGCUCUGGAAAUGUUUGGUGGACUGGAUUACCUGGUUCUCAACCACAUCGGCCCAACUCCCUUUGGCAUGUGGGAGGGAGAUGUAGAACAUGUCAAGUGGCUGAUGAAGGUCAAUUUCUUCAGCUAUUUACAGAUGGCUUGGAGAGCUUUGGACUCCCUUGAGCAAAAUAAAGGAUCAAUUAUCGUUGUUUCAUCACUUUUAGGUAAACUGCCAAGUCCCUUUGUGGCACCAUAUUCCUCAACAAAAUGGGCCUUGAAUGGUUUCUUUGGAUCCCUUUACCAUGAGCUGUGGAUGAAGAAAAGCAACGUGUCCCUCACUAUAUGUACACUUGGACUGAUCGAUACUGAGUCGGCUAUGUCGAAAGUCAAGGAUCUCACGACUGCACCAGCAUAUCCUGCUACUGACGCAGCUUUGAACAUCAUCACUGCAGGAGCUUUGAGAGAGGCAGAGCUCUAUUACCCCUAUUUCACUUACAUUGCGGCUUUAAUCAAAGACUGGUUCCCUUCUAUCACAAACUAUUUCAUUCGGACCACCUUCAAGUACAAUACAUGAAAUGUUUAAACGUGGUUAUUUGUAGGUCGAUAAAUAAAUACAAUGUAUAAAACA